AGUUUAAGUUCUUAUUAGUAAUGUGUACCUGGGGAAACUGGGGAAGGUAAACUGUAUUAGCCCGGAUGUGAUUCGUACUGUUCCUGUGUUCAUCUCUACCUCAGGCUCAGGGCUGAGCAAGCGACUACAGGCUCGAAAGCUAAUGCGACGGAGAUGAGCAUCAAGGCCACUCGCAGCUAUUGUGUAUCCCUCCAACUUUAUCUCUUACUCUGAACAAUAAAACAAAAAUUACAACUACAACUACAACCAAUAAUAAUAAGGAAGAUCCGACUUUCCCCCUCCACGCGGAGCCAGCAGACCCCUUUUCGUUUGGGCCCCAGAAAUCAUCGUACGCUCGAGAGAUGGCAGCAGUUGCCAGGCAACUCUGGCACCCAGGCAGCAGGGCCAGGGACAGUGACAGUGAAGGCUGGGCCACGGGCUUGAGUCAGGGGGUUAUAGUUAACGAGACCUUCUCAUCGCCAGGCUGUGGGCCAGACGUCAGGGACUGACAUCUGCUGACCGGAACCUGAGGACACGAAGAAAUGGAAGGUCCCAGUAGCGGCGGCGAGCGGCGAGUCAGCGAACUUGUCACUCCCGCCUUCGUGGUCGAUCGGUCCCUGGUGGCUGCCAACUGUGCGAAGAUCCUGGCCGCCUGCACCGAGCUGGGCCUCACGCUUAGAGCCCAGACCAAGACCCACAAGACCAUCGAGGGCGCAGUACUGCAGACGGGUGGCAGCCGGCGCGGACUGGUCACCUCCACCCUUCAGGAAGCUGAGUUUUACGCUGAGCAUGGCUUCGACGACAUUCUCUACGGAUUUCCCUUCAUCCCACACCACAUGCCGCGUGUAGCACAACUCACGAAACGUUUGGAAAAGUUCCAUGUGAUGAUUGACUCUCAGGUCGCCGUGGACACACUCGCGGCCAACGACCCGCCGCCCGGCAAGCAGUGGUCUGCGCUCCUUGCUAUCAACUGUGGAAACAACAGAGAGGGCGUGUGGUGGGAGGCUGGCGAGGCGGAGGCCCUGGCCUGGCAGCUGUACAAAACUCCCUCCGUCACCUUCGCUGGCGUCUAUGUCCACUGCGGCAACUCCUACAAGGCUGUGCAGUCAGGAGACGUCGAGGGUGUGCGGGACCAGACUAUUGAGCGCCUCCUUGCCGUGGUGGACCGCAUCAAGGGGCGUGGAGUGGCCUGCCCCGGGAUAGGCGUCGGCUCCACUCCCACCUGCAGCCGCCCGGGCCCUAGCAUGAAGCAACUGACGGAGCUCCACCCGGGAAAUUAUAUAUUCUAUGACGCGCAGCAGGUGUCACUGGGCUCGUGUCGGCAGGAGGACGUGGCGUGCUGCGUGGCCACCAGGGUCAUCGGGCACCACCCAGACAGAAACCAGCUGCUGAUAGACUGCGGGUUCACCGGCCUGACGAAGCAGGGUAUGGGGCAGCUCCCUUCAGGCUGCUGCAUCUUCCGCGGCCACCCGAACCUGAAACUGGACAACAUGACUCAGGAGAUCGGUUUCGUGGACGCCGUUGAGGGCCGUCUAGACUUCGAACAGUAUCCCAUAGGCUGCAUGUUGUUCCUCCUUCCAUGGCACUCAUGCGCCACGGCAGCCAUGUAUCCCGAGUACCAGGUGGUGGAGGGGGACGUGGUGGUGGACGUUUGGCGCCCCACCCGCGGCUGGUGAGGCUGAGGCCAGACACUUGGGGCCAGUCUUACAGUCCAGCAAGUUCGUAAGCUCCCUAACCAAACACAAAACACGACGAAAUUCCUUGUAGCUCUAGUGUUUGGCGAUGAUAUAAAAAGGAGGAUGGAAUUUUAGAGAAGCACACAGGAAAUUUCUUUAUUAGUAUCUGGUGUUAAGUAGAAGUAACGGAUCAUUGUGGUAGAUAUGGAUCGGUUUGGGCGCUUCAGUUCGACAGUCCACCCGUCAUUGUUCUAAGCGCCCAAACCGAUCCAUAUCCACCACAAUGAUCCGUUACUUGCUUGCCUUGCUUGGACACGCUCCGUCCUCGCCGCCACAAGGCUCAAGGUCGGCCGGAAUGUUUCUGUAUAAUCACGUCUAUGUCUUCGGCUUCCUGCUUUGCGAGGCCAUCUUGCCGGUGCUCAAGUAUGAUUAAGGGCCUACAUUCUUUUUAUUGAUGGACUGAGAAAUAAUAAAUAUCUACAUGAU